AUGGCGAGUGACCAGAGUUGCAAGAGAACGCCAGAAGCCCUAUCGAAUCACGUAGUAGCACCUCUGCAAAGCCCAACCGCAACGUGCCGACCUGCUCGCUACCAGCUGGUACAUCAACGCUUGAUGGAGAAGCUAAGCACUGCUAAAUUUGCAACGAGCCUUAUUGCCUGGGUUUCAAGUCCCUGCAGUAUCAAACGACCAUUUCUCCGCCUAAGCUUCGCACCACCACCCUCGGGUGAGCAGCCAAUAACUUCUCUCUUAUUUAUUCGAGCGGCCCACCGCGUAGUAGACGGGUUUGCAAAAGCUCUCAUGUCUAUUGCACAAGAAAUAAUAGCCACCUCCAUUCCACCACAUAGUCACGGCCUGUGUUGA